AGCAUUCCUGAGUCUGGGAAUCAGCCAGUUCUGUUAGCAUGAGCAAGGGACUAGCAGACAAUCAUUGCUCCUGCCUGGAAUGGUAAGAGAACCACUCUAAAAGGACAGAAGCCUAACACCGGAACUGCUUUAUCACUGGGAAGAUACACUGAAGAGAACCCAGCACUGCAGAGGACAAUGAUGUACUUGAAUUCAUUUAAUCCGGAUGCCUUUUUGUGUGGCAGGGCGAAAGAGCUUCGAUCAUCAAUUGGCACCUUGAUUCACAAAGUGGACGUUGGACACAAGCUUGUACCAUCCAGCUUGUACAAAAAGAAGGACACUCAAAAAAACUGCACAAAGGAAGCAAUGAGAUGGAAGGAAUCUUUCAGCCAACUGCUUUGUAGCAAAGAUGGGUUUUCAGCUUUCCGCACCUUCCUGAAAACAGAAUUCAGUGAGGAGAACCUGGAGUUCUGGGUAGCUUGCGAAGACUAUAAGAAGACUCUUUCAACGAAUAAACUUCAUAGCAAAGCUCAAUGCAUAUUUCAGGAAUUCUUGCAGACCGGGGCCCCGCGAGAGGUCAAUAUCGACCAUCAAACCAGAGAAUUCACACGGCAGCAAGUAGCCUCCGCCUGUCAUAACUGCUUUGACGCGGCACAAGAGCAGACCCGUAUUUUAAUGGAAAAAGACUCAUAUCCACGCUUCUUAAAAUCCCCUCUCUAUCAGAAAAUGCUAUCACAGUCCUCUAUUAAAAAAAUAAAAUUAUCCUUUACAUGAGUGGGAAAAGAAGAAGACUAAACAAGUGCCAACACUGAGAUGUAGAGCUCAGUGGAAUGAUCUAGAGCCCAGUUCAUGAAAUGACCCCACACCGUGUAUUCCGGAGUCUGGGUACUGACUGAAGAGCAAAGAGUUGAGUCCAUCAAGGCUGGAGACCCAAAAGACAGAGCAGAGAAGACAAUGCAAAGUAUGGGUCUAUGAAUUCAUUCUGACAGUGCUAGCUGUGAUGUGACUGUACUUGUGUUAACACACUCCUCCUGUAAUCCUUGAUUUGCAUGUGGGAAUACUUACAGGACUGACCUGAAUGCAGACUAGUGGACCCAUAGUGAUUCCUGUGGUUUGUGUAAUGUUGUUGCAAUGUGCCUGUGAACUGCCAAGUGUCACAUCCUCUGCAGCUUCCCAUUGACAGGGGGAAAAAAAGGCUAUUUUUCUUGUUGCUAUGCUGAUGAGUAAUUAGUAGAUCAUCCAGAAAUGUGUUUUUACCUGGGACACAAAGGCUGCCAAGUAUUUUAUCUGUAUCCACUAGUAAUAAUAAUAUCCAGCAAAUAAGGACAAUUGGAGGAAAUAGGAAACACUGUAUAAACAAUUUGACACAUUCCUAGCCAAGUUUUUCUUGGCAAACAGGAAUUACAGACAUUACAGACACAUGAGUAUAACGUAUGGUGAGUGUCAGCAAUGUGGUUUAGAUGAUAAAUACACAGAUGUGAAAGGGAUUGUGCUAAUGUUUAAUUAUUUGCUACAAUAAUAUAUUGUACUAUAUAUAUGUAUGUGUAUAUACAUGUUGUAUAUCUGUAUAUUAUGUAUGUUAAUUUAAAUAUGUAUGUAUGUUAAUUUAAAUGUGUUAUUAAAAACCAGU